AUGGCGGACACACAGACAGAUGUGAAACUACUGGACCUGGUCGAUAUAUCGGUCCACUACGGCGCGGUGGUUGCGCUGGACCGCAUAUCGCUCGGCGUGCGCAGGGGAGAGGCGGUCGCGGUGAUGGGGCCCAACGGCGCCGGCAAGUCCACUGUUCUCAAGGCCAUCAUGGGCCUUGCGCCCGUGGUCGGCGGAGAAGUGUACUGGCGCCAGGAGCCUCUUGCAGCGGCCACUCACGAGAUAGUAAAAGAGGGCAUCGCGUUCGUCCCGCAGGGCAGGCGGGUAUUUACCCAUCUCACCGUUGCGGAGAACCUCGAAAUGGGUUGUCUCUACCUCAACGACCCGGCUGAGAAGGACCGGCGCAUGGACUCGGUCAUGGAGCUGUUUCCGGUACUGCACGAGAAGCGCGGAGACCUCGCCAGCCAGAUGUCAGGCGGACAGCAGCAGAUGUUGGCUCUUGGCCGGGGACUUAUGGCAGGCCCUGAAGUUCUUCUGCUGGACGAGCCGACGCUGGGCCUCGCGCCAAUAGUGGUCGGCGAGGUGUUUCAGAAGGUCUCAGAGAUCAGCGACAGGCUCAACACCACUAUCCUGGUCGUGGAGCACAACAUCAAGGGCGUGCUCGACAUAGUCGACCGCGCCUACGUGCUGGAUAAGGGAAGGGUCGUACACAGCGGCACUCCGCAGUCGGUGAGGGACACCGACAUACUGACCCGCGUCUUCCUCGGCCAGUACACCCCGCCAGAGGAAGAGUAG